GAAACAGAGAAACCAACUCACCUUUUCAUCCAUCUUUUCGUCCUUUGUUUCCGCAAACACUAUUAGAUUACCAAAUUUCCAUAACUAUCGUUUGCAUUAUCUCUUUUUAACCAUCGGAUUAAAUGAUGAGCAACCAGGGGCAACCAGGGGAAGUGAUUGUUCCAAUGCCUGAGAUAGAGCAAUUGGAUUUCAUCAGCGAACAGAGAAACAAAUUAAAAUCAGCCUUACUUGAAGCCAAUAACCAUGGAAGUGGUUCAUCUCAAAGAGCCAAACCGUUAAUACAAAGAGUUCCACGUGUCCUAAUGGGUGUCAAGGAGGAUUUUAAAAAAUAUUUCGAACCAAGGCUGGUAGCCCUCGGCCCUUUGCAUCAUGGUAACCCGAAGUUCGAGCGGGCAGAACGGUCCAAGCUUAAAUUCACCGCUUUGUUCGUACGUGAGAACGAUACCACUGAUGAUGCUUUAUUCAACAAGAUUAUGGUAGAGAUAGAAGAUCUGAAGAAGUGUUAUGAUCCAGAGGUCAUCAAAGACUACGACAAUGAAAAGCUAGCUUGGAUGUUCUUCAUGGACGGUUGUGCAGUGUUGUACGCCGUAUACUACGGGUCACGAGGUGAGUUUGAAAAGUUGAAAACUAAAGUAGAUCUUAUGGUAUUUGCGCAACUUGAUUUGUUUUUGCUAGAAAACCAACUUCCUUACCGAGUACUCGAGAUUCUGAUUAAGUCAGCCAUCGAUCCUAAGAAGUGGGAACAAUCAAUCACGGGAUUCAUAGGUGACAACCUUAUAACAAAUAUACCAGGUGGGCAGAAGAGCCAACACGCAGAUGGUCAAGGAGAUAGGCAAGAUUAUGCUCACCUUCUGGAGCGGUUACGGACAACACUGCUGACAGGGAAAAAAGAGGAGAGACGCAGUAGCAUGAUUGGUGAGAUGAUUCUGUCGCUCGGAGACAGACGAAAAGGUAGGAAAACAUUUCGUAGCAUCAAGGAGCUUAAAGAAUCAGGGAUUUAUGUAAAGCCCAGCAAGAGAAACAGCAUUAAGAACAUUUCCUUCUCUUGCAACAUUCGGGGAAGACUAAUGAUGCCACACCUCUUGGUGGAUGACUCAACGGCUCCCAAGUUCAUGAACUUAGUAGCUUUAGAAAUGUGUCCAGAUUUUGAGAAUGAUUUUGCGGUCACCAGUUACUUAUGCUUCCUGGAUUCUCUCAUUGAUACAGCAGAAGAUGUUAAGGAGUUGCGAGUUAGAGGUGUGCUUCACAAUUACGUGGGCAGUGAUGAAGAAGUGGCUAAUCUGUUCAAUAAAAUGAGCAGGGACUUGGUGCCAGAUCAGGAGAUGUACUUUGAUGUUGCAGAGGGCAUCCGCAAGUACUGUAAUAAUCCAUUGACGAUUUCUGUGGCUCAAGCCCUUUACACCCAUUUUAGUAGCCCAUGGAGUUUCCUUGCCCUUUUGGGUGCCAUUUUAGGCCUUCUGUUCUCCGCUAUUCAGGCUUAUUUCUCGUUGCCACAAAACAAAGAAAGCGGUUCAACUCCCUGA